AUAACAUACAUACAUCACAGCUCGGGCCUUGGGCUUAACGUAAGAACUUUAUUCUUACGACGGCUGGAAUAUAAUACAAAUAAUUAAUACAACAUUCAUCACUCAUCAUUAAAGGAAAUCUUGUGCUUUCCAAUAUGUCCUGUUCUGGAAGUGCGAGGAUCCCUGUUGUUGAACUACUUGGAGACAAACUAAAGAACAAGGAUCAUGAAGAAAUUGCGACUGAAUCCAUCACCGGGAACGCGAAAUUUGUUGGCCUGUACUUCUCGGGGCAUUGGUGUGCGCCUUGCCGCUCAUUUACUCCGAAGCUAAUCUCUUUUUACAAUAACUUCAAGAAAAGGGAAAGUUCGUUCGAAAUAGUUUUCAUUAGCUCAGAUGAAACUGAAGACCAAUUUAAUGAGUAUUACAGUGAGAUGCCGUGGCUUGCUCUACCAUACAAUCGACGGGACAUAAAGAGGGAAUUGCACAUCCAGUACAAGGUGAAGGGUAUUCCACUGUUACUGAUCUUAGACAGCAUCACAGGAGAAGUGGUUUGUAAGAAUGCUGGCAAUGAACUCAAGACUGAUCCAGAAGGAAAGAAGUUCCCAUGGAAGCUCAGGCCAUUGAAUGAUAUCCUUACAGGAAAUGUUAUAGACAAUGAGAUGAAGACCCUCUCCCUGGAUAGUUUAAAAGGCAAGGUUCUAGGAAUAUAUUUCUCAGCUCAUUGGUGUCCGCCAUGCAAAACCUUCACUCCAGUUUUGAAGGGCACGUAUGAAAAGAUCAAGGAGACUGGACAGCCUUUUGAGAUCAUCUUUGCUACCAAAGACCAGAAAGAAGACUCAUUCAAGAGUUACUUCGCUGAGAUGCCCUGGCUAGCGUUUCCAUUUCAAGAUGAGCGUAUCGAGGAGCUUUCUAAAUCAUUUUCUGUCUUAGGCAUACCUAUGUUAGUUAUCAUAGAUGCAGAAGGAAAGCUCAUUACAACAGAGGGCAGAGGAAGUGUUAUGCAAGAUCCUGAGGGAAAGAAUUUUCCAUGGUAUCCUCCUGCAUGCUGUGAGUUGGAUAGCUUCUCUGCCUCAAUGGUCAAUGAAGGGCCUUGUCUUAUACUCUUCACAGAAAUUGAAGAAGGUGAUGAUGAUGAAUAUUCACGCAAAGCUUUAGAGAUGAUGAAACCUGUAGCUGAGGAGAUCCGAGCGGCUGAAGAAGCAAAAGGCAAAGAACCUGCCUGCAAGUUCAUUGUUGCAGGGGAUGACGAUAUGGUGGAGAGCCUUCAGCAGUUUCUGAGCAUUGCUGAUGAGAGCCUUCCAAUGCUGGCACUUCUCAACAUACCCAGGGAACAAGUGUCAUGCUGUGAGGGGAAAGAGAUCACCCCGGACCUCAUCCGAGAAUACUAUCACAAGUUUGUCAGUGACGAGCUGGAAUGGACGUCCUUAUCGUAACCCAAGAGAGAAGAUGUAGGGGUUGUUCCAUAAUGCCUUGUUCAGGCAUCUUGCGUCAAUGAUCAGCAAGAUUUUUGUGUGCAAAGCCAAUGAGAUACAUGGGGUGCAGAAGAAUAAUUGCAGAAGCAAGUAAUUUAAUCUGUGGACCAAGAGAACUGUUUUAAAUAGUUUAGAGCAAAAUUCAAACAAGGUCGCACAAAUCUGUCUUGAGUUAUGUGGACAAACUCAUGACAUCAUAGUAAAAUGAUUAUAAAGUGAUGGGUUUGUUAAUGGAGUUACAGACUACGUUUUGAGACUUGAAGCAUGUAACAUUCUUUUAUUAGCAUAAGAGAUACCAUUUGUCUCACCAUGUAAGGACACUAUAAAAAUGGUUUUGCUGAGCUUUGUCACAUCAUAUCUGAAUGAGGCUGGAAGCUGUUCAUAAGACUACACAUAGCUUUUUGAAUGACUUGAUUAUGAAGUGCCAAGUGAGAGGUGAAAUAUUUCCAUGAUCUUUUUAGUGUGACUUUAUGUAAUUGGAUCUGAAUGAAAUAGUGAAAAAUAGAAGAUUUAUACAUUGCUAUCAAACAAUUGUCAAAUUCUUUCUGUCAUUAGCUGAUGUGAUUCAGCAUUUCAUAAUCAAGUCAUUACAUUUUGAACAACACUAUAAAGAGGGACCAGUCAAUCAUAGUUCAUCUCAAUUUAUUUAUUUCAUUCUCCAUACCAACAUGAAAAUCAGGAAUACCCAAAAUAACAGGAGUGCCAAAAUCUGAAUUCAGACCCUAAUAGCUAUUUUUAGUCCUCAGAAAAUGACAUUUGUGCACAAAAGGGCUCAUUCUGAAUGAUUUUUCAGGAUUUCUGAUUUUAUUCCUUUGGGCUUCCCCGGACGAAGAUAGAUAUGGCGCCUUAUAAAUUUAAUUUAUUAUAAUUGUUAUUAUAAAGCUUGUUUUGUUAUUUAUACAUUUGAUGUAGGCAGUUUAAGUUAUAAACUUAUUUGGCUGUCAUUUAUGUCUAAUGAAGAGCCCUGACUAGAACUUUGUAUUAAUGACACUAGAUUUACAGCAGGAGAACAUAGACAGGAAAAAACAUUUUCUGGUAGAAAAUUUACCUUUCCUUGAUUAACCAAAAUUUAGGGGGGGAAUGUAUUUGAAAUUAUUGAGUGAGCCCUCUACUACAUCAGAGGCUCGCCUUUAAGGACAGUAAAAACUGAAUUUUAGUGCAUGGCAUUUGAUUGCUGAAAACACACAAGAAUUCUCUCAAUAUCAAUGUAGACUUUCACCUUUCCCCUUAUGCUAGAAAACCUUACUAAUAAUAUCUUAUGGAAAAUAGAUUUCAUGCAGAAAAUAUUUUAAGGAACAAAUAUUGAAUUAAAGUGUGUGCAGAGAUUUUGUACUAGUAAACAAGAAAAAAAGGUACUUGUCACUUCUUAUCUGUAGUAUAAACAUGUACAAAUGCUGCAAUAUGGUAAUGGAGUGAAAAGCAAUACAUUAGAGGUAUUAGAGGGGAAGUCCACCCUGACUCAGUAAAAAAAGAAGAAAAAUUAUAAACACGUACUCAUGAAUGUAAUGUUUCCCCCAAAUCAAUAAAGGGGUUGGCAGAUGUAAUAAUUUUAAACAAUUUUAUUCUGUAUAUAAACUUCCAUUUUUACAUGUUUAUGGUGACAGAGAACAUUUUAAUCAUAGAAGCAUGUAUGAAAUCAGAGCAUGAGAAUCUUGUACUAGGGCAUGUCAAAGGUCAUACAUUCAACAAUGUUAGUCAUAACUCAUCAUGUAUGUUUUAUCAUUAUUUUUGUAUACAAAAUUUUCAGUCCUGGGCUCCGUAACACAAAGCAUAACAAUUGAUCGU